AUGGGUCGUCUUCACAGCAAAGGAAAGGGUAUCGCGUCCUCGGCCAUCCCAUACUCGCGCACUCCCCCGGCCUGGUUGAAGACCACACCCGAGCAGAUUGUGGAUCAGAUUUGCAAGUUGGCGAGGAAAGGCGCGACGCCGUCGCAGAUUGGUGUUGUGUUGAGGGAUAGUCAUGGUGUGGCACAGGUCAAGGUCGUUACUGGUAACAAGAUCCUCCGAAUCUUGAAGGGCAGUGGCCUCGCCCCCGAGAUCCCAGAGGACCUGUACAUGUUGAUCAAGAAGGCCGUCGCCGUCCGCAAGCAUCUCGAGCGCAACCGCAAGGACAAGGACAGCAAAUUCCGCCUCAUUCUCAUCGAGUCCCGCAUCCACCGCCUGUCCCGCUACUACAAGACCGUCGGCGCCCUGCCACCCACCUGGAGGUACGAGAGCGCUACUGCUUCUACUAUGGUCGCUUAG